AUGUCCAACGCGGAUUCCGUUACUGGUAGUUUAGGAUCAGGUGAUGGAAAUGAAAUCUCCGACAUACUCUACAUCCAAGAAAGUAAGAACAUUUGUGAUUUUAAAAAACACUUCACUAACUCUAAUUCUUUUCAGUUGAAGACAAUUCAUGCCAGCCUCCAUUCCGAUAACGAAUCAGACAACGACAAGGACAACGGUGGAAAGUUCCAGUUUUCAGGUACUGUGUACCUGAAAAAUUUCAAAAACCAAAAAUCGUUCGAUCGCUGUGGUGAAGUUGCUGUUGCAUCCGAUGAAGUCGAUGACGUUAUGCAGAAAUUGUGGAACUAUUGCAUACAAUUCUUGCAUCGUGCUUUACUCUUUCUCGGAGCAGCUGCUGACGUUGAGGAGAUUUCGUGGGACGAGGAUCAGCCGGUAUUUGAAAAUCGGAAUAAUUUCAUGGUAUUCCACGACAAAAGUAGCAAAAGAAAUACGCUGCCAACGAAAGUGGAUGGAAAGACAUUGCAAGGCUGGCUAAACAAGGAAGUAUGGAUCGUAUUGUACAAAUUUUCGGAUCGUGUUACUACCCUGGCCAAAUGGCACGCGGUUGAGAGCCAACUACUGAGACCCCUCGAAAAGGAUCGGGCUGGAGCCGAGUCAAUUGUAUCGAUUAACAAAUUGAAAGAUGAUCUGAAGGCCACUCAUUGCAAGUACCUAUGCGGAGAUGAUGUCAAUUGGGGAUGUUGGGCCAGCUGGAUAAGUUCUCAACCUCAAGAUAAACGGGAAGAACUUAUUAAUCAAACUCCUCCACAGCACCUGAUCAGUCUGUUCAGCUCUGUUCCAGUUCAUAGUGAUACCCUGCUAGCAAAGGCUCGAUUGGACUUGAAUGUAGCAACAAAGAUUAACAACGCGUAUUCCAGAAUUCUGAACGAUCUUAGGGCGGACCAUGAGCAGUUGUUGAAUGUAGCAUCAUUAAUGGCAGGAAGAAUAUCGUUGCUGGAAGAAAAACAGAAAGAGUAUGGAGACAUGCUGAGUGCUAUGACCAGAUCUGUUGCUGUAACAGAAAACAGAUAUUCGGCAGAAUUAGCUCAAUCGGUAACCGACUGUCUAGAUGUGGAUCAUAAAUGACCAAGAAUUCGAAAGAUUUGUAUUGUUUUUUACUUUGUAAUUGAUAAAUGAAUUGUUAUUAAAUAAAAUAUUGAGGAGUUAGUUUAUUUAUUUAUUUUUAUUCACUAAAACAG